UCAGUUUUCAUUUUGCUCUUGCAUUGAAAGCAUCCCGCUUCUAAGCCAAAGUCAACCGUUUUUUUGGAUUUUCGGUUAUUCUAUACUUCGCCGCUAUUGGAAGAAGACAUUCAUUUGCCUGUCAGACAUCAUCAACGUCGUCAGAUAGUCCACCAACCGAAUUUAUAUUCUCGAUAGUGUCAAAUUGAUGAGAUACAGUUCUGAAAACAAUACAACAAGUGUGUGCCGAGUGAAACGAAGCAAAUCGUGGUUUUACGUCAGCAAUAAUUAAUCGACUGCCUCGAACGAUCCAUUUAAUGUCAGUCAGAGCGGAAAGCUUGCCAUCAAAAGAAAAGUUGCUAUCUAUCAUCAUUUGCGUGUGUUUAUAUACAACCGGAAUUUAAUGAGUCCUUGCAGACGCAUUUCUUAGAGCAGCAGUGUUCUCAGAGGUCAACCAUUGAUCCGCGAAGCCAAUCUGAAACCCGGUGUGCACUGUUAGCGAGUGUCGUGGAGAUCUUCACUACGUACCCAAACGCUACAGUUAGCCAUAUGUUAAGCUACGCUCCAAAAGUUAAUCUACUUAACUCAAUGCUGCUGAAUGUGCUGAUAAAAUACCUUCUGAACUCUAACAUUACAUAACGUACGGCAAGAACGUUAGAAUACGAAUCCAGUUGAAAGUCCUUACUGAAGAGUGAAAUUGCUGCACGUACAAAAUCAAGGUGCAACGUGUGAAUCGGAAAGCGAAUACAAAGGCAAGAAGAAGUGUUUAAGAAGUUCUUGCCACUUGGUUGAAAAGUACCGCGAUAUUUUGCAUCCCGGCCAGGAAAGAAAGUCAAUUCGAAAAGGAAUGAUGAAUCUCAAAAUACUGUACCUGCUGGCCAUGAUGGCCAUGCUUGCGCCUCAGAUCAACGGGCGUGCGGUGGACCUUGAUCAAGAUAACUCCCUGUCUGCAUCAUCGUCCUCGUCGGGAACUCGCAUGUCCCGACCCAAUUUCGUGAAAAUCACCUCACCACCUCCGGUGCAAAUAAAUCAAGCCCGUGGCAGCACCAUUGAGCUCGAGUGUGAAGUCAUGGGCUCGCCAACUCCGACCGUACAGUGGGUUCAUGGCAGUGGACAAAUGGCAGAUUGGGACGAUGCCGCCAUUAACAUCAUUAGCGAAAGCAGUCCUACGACAAUGGCUCGCGUAGUCUCGCGAUUAGUAUUGGACCAUUCGUCACAUGCCUCUGAAAGCACAUACACCUGUAUCGGUCGCUCAGGAGGUCAAACGGCUCUCGCUUCCACCACUGUCUACCAUACUGAGGGUGGCCGAGCCAACUUCACGGACAUGAUGAAACCAGCGCACCAUCUAUUCAUGCAUCUGAAGCCAGCUCGCGUUACGCUCCACUACAGGGCGUUAUUCGAGUACAUGGGAUCCACCGUCAUUCUACCUUGCAAAACCGUUGGCCGUCCCCUGCCCGAAGUCACUUGGAAAAACGAGGAAGGCAACGUCAUCGGGAGCAUGCAAGAUUCCCGUUUCCAUACGCUCCCCACUGGAGAACUGGUUAUCAACGAUCUUCGAUGGUCCGAUAUGGGCUCCUACACGUGUGUCGCCAAGAACGCCAUCUCCAAAGACGAAGCGGAAACUUUCCUGUACCCCAUCCGACCAAACUAACUCUAGCACAAAACCGUUAUACAUGACAAGUGAUACACUCUCUUGGACUAUGAGUAAUGGACCACGAUUGCACUAAUUGAAAACAACGUAAAGUUACUAUGUUCAUCAGUCAGUUCUAAACACUUAUGCCAUUUACUUAACUUAUUUCUAAAUAUUUAGGAUCGAAAGGAAUUCGAUUAAUUAUUUAUUUAAAUGAAUCUUAAAAGAAAGUAUUUUAAUUACCAUAUAACACAUGAUUUCACUUGAAUACUACGAUGUAAGUUAAUACUAGAUGUAAUCCCUCGGAAAAUGCCAAAUGGCACUAGCACAAACGUGAAAUUUUAUCAUCUCUGUAAUCUGUAAAUAGAGUUUAUAAAAAAUUAAUGGGCAAACCAGGAAGCUGAAAUGAUCUUUUUGCAAUUCCUGAUCAUAAAACCUGGUUUACAGUUGUCAUUUGAGUGAUAAAACGGCCUACUUUUCUAUACCAACAGAAUGGGUGCUUUAAUGACCAUUAUGCAACUCAAAUGGGUUGCAUAAUAUUCAUUAUAGCACUCAUUCGGGUGCUAUAAUGAAAAACCUACAUUGGGACAGUAGUUACAUGACUACAUUUAGCUGAAUUAGUUUGGGUGAGUGUUUAAAUAGUGUACUCUAAGCGUCUCGUAAUAAAUGAAAUGGUUUGUUGGACAUAACAUCACAAUUUUCCAAAGGCAAUUGCAUCCAUCGCUUCAUAGCUUUUCAAGCUAUGCAAUUUGGCACGAUAAGAUGGAAUCUUAUUGUUCUCUGCCGCAAAAUAAUUUAUUAGCAUGAAUGAUCAUGUGGAGUGAAUUCGAUUGUACAAUUUUGGUAAAGAUUUAUCAUAUUAAAGCCCAUUUUUCGUCAUUGCAAAAAAUAGCGUGUGCAACUCGUUGCAAAACUCGAUUUUUUCAGCACUCGUAGUAUUUAUCCAACUCGGCAAGCCUCGUUGGAUAAACGUACAACUCGUGCUGAAAAAAUCAUCUUUUUGCAACUAGUUGCACAAACUACUAUUAUAGCAUCACCGGUGCAUAAGAAAUUAGUAAAAGUUAAUCUGUAAGUUGAAUUAAAUUUCUCAAAACAUUUUCAAACUUAA